GCGCCCCUAGAUGCGUCCCACCCUCCGCGGUCCCGGAGCAGCAGUAGCAGCAGGAGAUGGGCCGCUCUGCCGCCUGGUCGCAGCGGGCUCCACGCCGCCCAGGGCUCCGGCCGCCCCUUCUCUGGGCCCUCUUCUGCCUCUGCGUCUUGGCGCGGCCCCUGCGGGCUUCGGGCUUCAAGAAGAGGGGAGCUACCGUGACUGCCAAGGUGUUCUUUGAUGUGAAGAUUGGAGAGAAAGAUAUUGGCAGAAUUGUAAUUGGCUUGUUUGGAAAAGUUGUCCCAAAGACUGUUGAGAACUUCAUUGCACUGGCAACUGGGGAAAAAGGAUAUGGGUACAAAGGAAGUAAAUUUCAUCGUGUGAUCAAAGAUUUCAUGAUUCAAGGUGGAGACUUCACAGCUGGAGAUGGAACUGGAGGAACAAGUAUCUAUGGAGAGAGGUUUCCAGAUGAGAACUUUAAACUCAAGCACUAUGGAAUUGGAUGGGUCAGCAUGGCUAAUUCUGGUCCAGAUACCAAUGGUUCUCAAUUCUUCAUCACUGUGACAAAACCUUCCUGGUUGGAUGGAAAACAUGUAGUAUUUGGUAAAGUCAUUGAUGGAAUGUCUGUGGUGCACGCUGUAGAACUUCAGCAGACGGAUGAACAUGACCGCCCUCUUCAAGAUUGUGUGAUUGUGAACAGUGGCAAAAUAGCUGUAAAAGAACCGUUUGUAGUUGAAGUAGAGGAUUGGUGAACUUAACAGCUACCCUGGAAGAGAAAAUAUAAUGCCUUUUUCUUUUGGGGAUAAAAUUUGGGUGCAGAUAUAAAUUAUCCAGUGACUUCUUCCAUAUAAAUGCUCAGUGCUGUCUGCAAACAAUGCGGUAAACUCAGCAGUUGUAAGAUGUGCAAAACCAUCUAUGUAUUUAUGUUCUAAUUUCAGUGAACCAGCACUUUUUUAAAUAUAAGGGACAUGUCACUAAAACCAGAGCUGGUCAAAAAUCAUGAAAAAUUGUUUUCAUUUUGCAGUGUUUGAAAAUGGUUUCAUUUUCUGUUUGGUCACGAAAUUUUCCACAUUUGUUACUAGCAUUUUCAUUGAAAUCCAUAUAUACUGAAAAACAGAUCUUUGAUAAACAAAUUUUCAAAUGAUUUAUGUAACAAUUUUAGUAAAAUCAUGCACAAUGUCGUGAAAAGCAGAUUUUGAUUUCAAUGAUACAUUUUUCAAAAAAGUUUUUGGAAAAACGCCAUUUUCCAUCAAAAUAAUUCUGGGUGAAAAAUCUCAACUGGAUCUACUAAAUACACAUUGGUGCAGCUUUUUCCAUCUCUAGUAUUGUGACCGUAUCAGUUCAAAUCCAUCUCCUGAAAGUACAGGAUCAAGUUGUUCCCUUUUCCAGAUAAAGGCUAUAUUAAAUAAGAUUUAGCCAAGACACAGCAGAUCACUUUGUAUAAACAAACUGUGGUUAUAGUAACUCAUUU